UAGUAGUAGUAGUACAAUUAUGAUUUAUGAAGGGGCUCCUCCUCAGUGUCUUCCAUUCCAUCCGUCGUUUUUCGAUCGGAUUACGCCACAGGAACAUUGCAUGAAUUGAUCCACUGAGAACUAUGGAGGGGUGUUGCGCUAAGCUUCAUCAGUGUUUACUUUUGCUGCUGCUGCUGCUGCAUUUUCUGGCUUCACAUGCGACCACCAGGACUCUCGUCCAGGCGCAGCCGCAGGUUCCAUGUUUCUUCAUUUUCGGGGACUCAUUGGUCGAUAAUGGCAACAAUAUCUACCGCAACACCGCCUCUAAGGCCGAUUACUUACCCUACGGAAUCGAUUUCCCCGAAGGUCCUACUGGAAGGUACAACAAUGGCCGGAACACCGCAGACUUGUUCGCUGAAAUGUUGGGGUUCGAUCGGUACAUUCCGCCGUUUGCCGAGGCUGCUGCGGAGGAUUUUCUAAGAGGCUUAAAUUAUGGCUCCGGAGGCGCCGGAAUCCUCGACGAAACAGGAGAUCAUCUCGGAGCUGUGAUCAGCAUGAAUGAGCAAUUGUUGAAUCAUCAAGUGGUGGUAACACAAAUUGCUGAAUUGCUCGGUGGUGAAAUAGCUGCUGAAAAGCAUUUAAGAAAGUGCUUAUAUUAUGUUGAAAUGGGGAAUAAUGAUUACCUCAGCAAUUACUUUCCUAAAUUCUACAACUCUGCCACACCACAAAGCCCACAGCAGUUUGCUGCACUUGCCAUUGAUGAGUAUUCAAAACAGCUUAUGAAGCUGUAUGGUUUGGGGGCAAGAAAAUUAGCUGUAUCUGGGGUUGGUAGAUUGGGCUGUGUUCCACACGAAAUAGCAGUUCAUGGCAGCUUCUUGAAUGACUCUGAUUCAUGCCUGGAAACCAGUAAUGAUAUUGCUGGAUUGUUCAAUGAAAGGCUUCAGUUACUAAUUAAUAAUCUUAACCAUCGUUUCCCGGAUGCAAAGUUUGUCUACACUUCUGGCAAACCUGACAGGCCGGAAACAUCAUUCUUGGGAAACAUUAGUAUUAUGAGGGUUCCAUGCUGCGCGGUGACGCCGGAUGGGAUGUGCAUUCCUGAUACGAUUCCUUGUAGCAACAGAGAUGAACACAUGUUCUGGGAUUCAUUCCAUCCAACUGAGGCAGCCACUUUGAUUUUCGCAAAGAAUGACUAUAAAAAGAUGGCUCCUCUGUUUUCUGCCAAUUCAAUUGCCAUUUUAUGAUGUUCAUAAGUUGAUGGCAGGAAACUUCUAUUUGCCGCCAGAUUAAGAUCAUUGACUUGAAGAUAGUUUCGCGCAUCGAAUUGCUGAGGUUGAAUAAGCUCAAAGUCGGAACUCACGGGCAUCAGAUUCAUCUGUUGGUUUUGUGCUCUCUCUGUUUCAGCUAUCUGCACAUUUGAGUUAUCUGUAAUUUGCUAUGUAUUAUUCUCUUACAACAUAGGAGGCAAAUGUUCUGAAGAAAAAGAAUGAACACUUCACCUUUGCUCGAAGAUAUUGAUUGUUGUGGUGUAAAUCAA